GACUUUCUACUUCUAAGCUUACAGAUGAACUUAUAUUUCUUUUUGAAAAUGAAUAUGAUAGUAAACCAAACUUAUCUUCUUUUUUAGGCUUAUCUAAUGAAUAUAAUCUUUUACUAAAAAUUGCAUCAUUAAUUACUGAAUAUCAAAACACUAAUGUAAUUGAAGUUGAAAGCUUCAUUUUCAGUGAAAAAUCUAGUAAUGAUAAGGAAAAUAUUAAUCCAGUUACAGAUCUUUUCUAUUCACAAGUUGAUAAUGGUUUAAAUUUUGAUAUUAAGUUAUUAUUAGAUACAAACUUAACUAUCGAAAGUUAA